ACCGAAUCCACGGGACCAGCCGACUGCGUGCAGGUGCGCCACCGAAAGCCGCCUGCCUGCCGUGCUUGGGGCAGCAAAAAACAUAGAGCCGCCCCUGGGUAAACCAGAUAGGAAUAAUAAACUCUGCUCUUCUAGAACAGCAUGAGAUGUACUUGAAGACACUUCACUGUUGUUAACUCUUCAAUUUUAUCACAAGUCUUGCAAUAUUGUUUCUUUUAAAGUCCCAGCACCUGGAGUAAAGUGGUUACAUGAGAAUCUCAGUUCAUUUAAAAAAAAAAAAAAAUCUACCCCUCAGAGCAAAGUGAGUUGAAAAUGUGACCUGUCUGUACCCUAAAGGUUCAAACCAGAAGAUACUGAAAGAACCCAACACUAUUUUAGAAUCUUAUUUUUAAGCCAGUCUUAUAACUUGAGGUCUAACUCAUGAUGUUUGAAUGCUUGGAGUUGACAGUUCUGCACCUGGCAUUUCUGUGCCUCAGAUAUGAUGCUUAGAUACUCUGGUGAUAAGUGCAAUAUAAGAAACUAUGUAGAAUAGAAUUUUGUCCCUAGCUCCCUUCUUGUUUGAAUGACCUCUCUGAGAACCUGAAUGGUUGGGUAAGGGAAGAUCCGUGGCCAGAAGUGUGCUUUAAAGCUGGUGGUGUGUGUUCUUCCAGAACAAGGUUAGCCUAAGUGACUGUUGUGCUUAACUUUGUUGUGUGUGCAUGUGCAAAUGGCUAGGUGCAUUUGCAUGUGGAGCUGCAGUUAGGUACCCUGUUACAUGUACUUUUCAGUUCUAAAAACUGAAGCCCAUAAAGAUAGCAUCAGUUGUAAAGCCCUGUACAACCAUGCAGUGGGUUGUCUUCAUUUUACAAAUGAGACAAGUUGUUGCAGCAUGCCUGGACCCAUACAAAAAAUCAGUGGUAGAGCUGGGCUUAGAACUCUGGAGUUCCUACUUCAACACUUUACCUCUUAGUAGGGGUGCAUAAUGUGCCAGCAGUAACACAAGUUAGCUCCAUAGCUGCCAUUGUUUCCUGCUCCUAGUAAUGUGGUGGUCACUAAAUAGCACAUCAUCCUUUUAUAGCCUUGCUAAGCGUCUCCUUGGCGUAUGGGACAGGUUGACAGAGGGAAGGAUUUGGAUCAGUGUGACAUGCUGCGGUAACUUUCCCCCUCUCUUUCCUGUGUACUCACCAGUCUUGUAUUUGAAGAUGGGAGUUAUGUGCUAAUACAUAGCAGCUGUAUCUGGCUCUGUAGUUUAGUUCUAUCUUUUCCAAGCACAAUGAAAACAAGCAGAGCUCACACCACCUACUAGACAGAGCCACUGCUUGUAAAUCUUUUGGAGUAGCAAACAUGUUGAUUGACCAAAAAUAAAUAAAUUAAAUAAAAUAAAAAGCUGACCCUAAGAUGAAACACCUCUAGACGUGAUUUAUUACUUUAUUUUUUAAAGUAGGUCCUGUGGCCCAUCUGAAGUAGGUAGGGAACAUUGGGGCAGCCAGCAACCUCUCUUGGGAGACGAAUGCAUCUUCUGUGCAAACUUGGUCCCAGCUGACCUGGGAAGUAGAUUUCAGCAGAUGCUUCGCAUGCAUUUACAGUUGCUUGUUCAUUGAGGGCUUGUCUAUACUUGAAAACAUGCACUGGCGAGCUAAAGAGAUUUAAAAUUGAUGUAAAAAUGUGCAAACCCUCCCAGUCUAGAUCCACCUCAACUGCUUUAAACCUUGCUUAAAUCUGUUUAGUUUAAUUAUGUAAAUUACAGAUGCAAGCAAAACUGGUUUAAACACCUCUACACUAGUGGCUUGAAUAAACUAGAUUUUUUUCAAUGCAGACCAGGCUUAAGAUAACCCUGGCUAGUACUGCGCAUCACAGCAUGAAAAUGGGAAAGUGCAGUGCUCAACAAGACCCUGGAUUGUCAGCAGGGCAACUGACACCCCUUGGCAUGAGUGAUGGAGAUGAGCAUAAUUUCAAAUGUUUGGAGUUACAAACCUUUCUUGGGGUUUCACUUUCAUGUGUAUAUUCUUAUCUUCCUCUCGCCCCCUUUCCUCCCAAUACUGCCUGUGAGUGAAUAAAUGGGCUUUAAUUUAAAAUGUUAGUGCUUCAUGCAGCAUACUUCAGGGGACAAAAAUAUAGGGGAAUGAGAUGAACACUAAAGUGCCCGUUCAAUGUGGCCUCUGCCCCCUUCACAUAAUUAUGUCAGAAACUUUGAAGGAAUGGUGUUACAGGGGAGCAAAGACUGAGUGGAUGGGUGAAAUUGGCAGAUUACAGAGACCUGAGCCACUUCCCUGCAGAUGGUAAAGGUCCUAUUGUGUCCAGCUUAGCAAGAGAGGCAGCCAGAGGUCUAGUAAGGCUGCCUCCUAUCCUGGGAAUUGUGGGAUUGGUCUGAGUCUAGUUCUUGCUCUCCAACUGUGCUGGGAAAGAGGUAGUGGAGGGGAGUGGAUCUUUAGAAAGCUGUUCUCCCUUUGCUUCAGUGAGCGGGGAAGGCGUGGGAGCAGUUUGCAGACGCAUGGUGCGGGGACAGCAUCGCCUCAAACACUAGCUUUCUAUGAGCUUUUUGCCUUGGCUGUGGUGUUUCUGCUCCCCCUCAGGAUGGAAGCAGGACAGCAGCAGCUGCGAACUCAGAACUGACUUUUUGGGAGACAUGGUGGCCCUUUGCUCUGCCCCCAGUCCUAGCCACUGUUGUGGAAUGACUGUGUUCUGAGAGCAAACCCCCAGUCAUCUGCCCACUUCCUGCCCCCUACAUCCUCUGGUUCCCCCCUGCCCUAAAUCAGGAAACAUGCCCCAGCCCUUAGCAGAUCUCUGUGCAGUGGAGGAAAAAUGCCGGAGUAACUAGCAGAAGCUCUCCCCCAUCUCACACGCACCUCCCCUAGCUACUUCCCAGGGUCUAUUUUUAAGCAGGCACUUACUUACUUUCCCAGCUUCUCCCCUCCCCUCUUCUUUUUCUGGAUUCCUGCCCGGGGAAGGGGGGGUGUCUCUUUCCUCCUUCAUAAAAGGCCCCUGGAGCAAGGGCUGGGCCUGUGGGGGUUUAUUUUGGGAGCAGCUCCUGGGAUCCGAUGGCCUUGUUAGGGCAGUGUUGACCUUUCUACCGCAGGAGGAGGAGGAGAGAGAGGGAAGGGGCUGCGAAGGAGAGAGACACACACACAAUGGGACUCUGAGGGAGGGAGGGACUCUGCAGGCAGCCGGAGCAGCAGCAGGAGCCGUGGGGCAUAGCAGCCUGGGCGGGUAUGAUCAGGAAAGGGGGAGCCCCCCAGAGAAGCACGGGGCCCCCCUGCCCUUUCCUGGAGAGCCUCGUAAAGGGGCCGGAGGCUUCCCCAAUGCACUGUCAGGGCAAUGCGAAGCCUGCAGAGAUACAAGUCAGAUCUUAUCCCUCCUCGCCCAAUCUGCCCCAGUCCCACAGCAUGGUCUAUGCUUGAUUGUCCGGUCCCCUAGGUGACAGGUGGGUGCUGGGUUGCAGACAGGUGCCUGGGGCGUUCAGUGUUUGCAGUGUCCUCACCCAAUCCUUCUCCAAGACAGGAUCCCUUCCCAAAUCCCUCCCUCCCCUCUAUCCUCUGGCUGGACAGCACAAGGUAAUCCUCCCCUUGGCACAGCACCUUGCUUUGAGCAUGUUUAAUUUGGAAAUGUGGCAACAUUUUAAACUCCCCAAACUUUUGCUUAUGAAAAACCGUCCAGCUAAGUAGGAAGGAAAGAGGGAAAGAAAGAGGAAGGAAGGAAGGAGCAAAGUGGAGAUCCCGGCUUGCUGAGCUUCGAUGGCACCAUGAGUGGAGGAAGGUUUGAUUUUGAUGACGGAGGAGCGUAUUGUGGGGGCUGGGAAGGGGGGAAAGCCCAUGGCCAUGGCAUCUGCACUGGUCCCAAGGGCCAAGGAGAGUACUCGGGUUCGUGGAACUAUGGUUUUGAAGUGGUGGGCAUAUACACGUGGCCCAGUGGCAACACCUAUGAAGGCUACUGGUCUCAAGGCAAGAGGCACGGUUUGGGGAUCGAGACUAAAGGACGGUGGCUUUACAAAGGCGAAUGGACCCAUGGCUUUAAGGGACGCUAUGGGACAAGGCAGAGCAUGAGCAGUGGAGCAAAGUACGAAGGCACCUGGAAUAACGGGCUGCAGGACGGUUAUGGCACUGAGACUUACGCAGAUGGAGGAACGUACCAGGGCCAGUUCACCAAUGGCAUGCGCCACGGAUACGGCGUCCGUCAGAGCGUCCCAUACGGCAUGGCGUCUGUGGUCCGCUCCCCUCUCCGAACCUCUCUGUCUUCCCUCCGUAGCGAGCACAGCAACGGCACCUUGCCACAGCAGGACUCGCCGGCGGGCAGCCCAGAAAGCAUCCUCAUGUCACCCACUAUCACGCGGGGAGGCUUUGCCCUCAGUCUGUAUGCGGAUGCUGGAGCCAGCAAGCCGAAGAAAGGGGGCCUCUUCAGACGGGGCUCUCUGCUGGGGAGGCUAAAGAAAUCGGAGUCCAAAACCUCCCUGGCCAGCCAGAAGAGCCGAGUCAGCUUCCUCAAGAGCGAGAGCGGCAUCAGCUCCGCUGCCAGCGACGCCACCUCCACCAUCAGCUUGGGUGAAGGGGCGGAAGGGGAGGAGUUCCAGCCCUUCGAGUCUGACAUCGAUGCCACCACCACAGAGUCCUACAUGGGUGAGUGGAAGAAUGACAAGCGGUCGGGCUUCGGGGUGAGCGAGAGGUCGAGCGGCCUGAAGUACGAGGGCGAGUGGCUGGACAACGUGCGGCAUGGGUACGGCUGUACCACCCUGCCAGAUGGCAAGAAGGAGGAAGGCAAAUACCGGCAGAAUGUCCUGAUCAAAGGCAUGAAGAAACGGGUGAUACCACUGAAGAGCUCCAAGAUCAGGCAGAAGGUGGACAGGAGCAUGGAAGGGGCUCAGAGGGCUGCGGCCAUCGCCCGGCAGAAGGCUGAGAUUGCAGUCUCCAGGACCUCCCAUGCCAAAGCCAAGGCAGAUGGAGCUGAGCAAGCAGCUCAGGCAGCUAACAAUGAAUCGAGCGUAGCCAGGACUAUGGCCAGGGAACUCUCUCCAGACUUCUAUCAGCCAGGCCCUGAGUACCAGAAGAGGAAGCUGCUCCAGGAGAUCAUUGAGAAUGUUGAGAAUGUGGCGAACAUGGAAGCGAUUGCACUACCAACCAAAUCGCCACCACCGUCAACCCCUCCAGAAAGCCCUCAGCUCCACGAGAAAGACUCUGCCCACCGCAAGGAAAAUCCAGCCCGAAUGCCAUCUCCGAGUCCUGCUGGAACGCCACCGGAGGCAAAGCGGGCAAAGCAGAGUUCACAGAGGGAUGGCUUCCUCAGCCCAGGCAACUGGAAUGGGGAUCACAGCAGAGACGGGAGCCUCACAGGAAGUAGGCCCAGCACACCAUCCCAUGCACUGUUGGCACCUGGGGAGAAGGCAGCAACCAGCAGCAGACCUGCCUCACAGAACUCCAUUCGGCUCAGCAAUACCAGGACUUCAGCAGACCAGAUGGAGAUCAAGCCCCUUCAGAGGAUAGUGCAAGAACCUGAUGUUGAAUUAUACCAAGGCUAUCACAGCUAUGCAGUGAGGACCUCCCCAGUCACUCCCCCCUUGGACUUUGAGGAAGAACCAUUCCCUGUCCCCAAAUCACCUACCAAGUCGGUCUCCCCAGAGCCAAGAACUGACGUGAGGGCUAUUGAGCACAAAGCAGAACUUCAGAGGAGGGGAGGUACACCCAUCACUCAGCAGGAACCAGCACCUGAAGAGAAACCAGUGCCCAAAGCAGAAUCUAAACCAGAGCAGCCUGCACCAGAGCCCAAACAUAAACAAGAGCUGAAGCAAAACCAUGUAGCCGAGCACAAGGCUGCCGUGAAAACAGAAGCUGCAACUGAAGCCAAGCCUGAGCAAAAGACUGAGACAAAGGCUCUGGCUAAACCUGAACCUACUGUGGUAGCUAAGAAGGAGCCUUCCCCUGAAGCAGUGACACAGGAAGUGGAUGAAUUUGAAGAGGGACCUAACACAAUCAUGAUCUGCAUGGUCAUCUUAUUGAAUAUUGGUCUGGCCAUCUUAUUUGUACAUUUUCUGACAUGAUGUGCCCCUCAGUCAAGGAACAGGUGUUACCAUUGAUGUAGACCAUGGACCUUGGCAGGGAUUAAACUCUUGGACAUAUGGAAACAUCAAAGAGGAGGACUUUAGAACCCAAAGUUGCACCACAAACAUGAACCUUAAAAUAAAGCUUUCAGAUUAUCUGGUUAGCAUCACUGCUCCCAGUUUGCGGGUGACUCUCCAGUCCAACAAAAAGAAGCCUGGAUUUUUGCAACCCUUCCUCAUUUCUAGGAACUAGCCAUUGCCUUAAAGUGUUCUCACCAAAGUCACUGAUCGUGCCAGGGAAGAGGGAUUUAUCUGUAGUUGUAGAAGCAUGUACACUUAAGUGCCCUGUGUUCUUUGACUCCCUUGAUUGACUCCGUGUCAGAGAUUUUCCCAAAGAAUGUCAGUAAACGCAAGGAGAUAAUACAAUGCACACAUUAGCCAGGAACACUCAUAACAGCCAGGCCAGAGCUGGGGAUGUUCAACCACUCCACUAAAUCCCAGAGUAUUAUCAAUCCACUGUUAGCAAAAGCCUUAGGCUGCUUCCGCUGCUGCUACAGAAAUGGAGUUAAAUUAUUUACUAACAAGGCAUAGCCUUGAGGGAACCCAUACUUGGAAGUCAUUGGUGAAGAAACCAAAAGCAUUUCCUCUCCCAGCUUCCGUAAUAAUUUCCUGCUGAGGGGCAACUGAAAUUGGGCUGAGUGUAAAGCAAGCAAGCAUCCUCAGACCCGAUAGCUGGAUCACACAUGCUACUGCUGCUGAAGAACCAGUAGGGAGGUUGCAUUGCGUUGUACAUGCUUGACAGAUAGGCUAAUCAGAGGCUGUUUCACUUGAGUGGGUAAAUACUAGCAGAUGGAGACUAUGUCUGCUUACGGACUAUGCAGCACCCACACACUGGGUCUUGUGGCUGAGAGUUGUCCACAACACCAGCAGUUAGGAUCAUUUUGCAGCAAAUUACUCCACAGCUGUAAUUUUUGAAGAAAUAUUUGGCCCGAAUUCCUUUGUUUAAAACAAACAAACAACCCCCUCCCCCAGUUUAAAUGUUGCAUUCAGAGCCUGAUGUAAGUUGCUAUUAAACUAGGCAACUAGCUUCCAAAUACAGAGAUGCCAUUAUUGCUCCUCUCCAGUGUCUUCUCUCGCUCAUCCUUGGGCUGCAGGCAUGGCCUUCUGUCCUUGUUGUCCCAACAAAAGGGAAUGGAUUUUUCAAACAAUCGUAUGCAGCACCAUUAAAAUGGAAGAGCUCAGGUAUUUCUGUGAGAAAACAAAACAAGGGAUCCAGUCAGACUCCAGUGUAUCUGGGCCUCAUGCUGAAAAAGACCCAGCACAUAGGCGUUAACCAGCAAUAAACUAAAGAGGGGACAAUUCUAGGCAGUGUUCUGGUGUUCUAGACACAGAGGCCUUAGCGAUUUGCAAUAAUCCUACAAAGAACUACAAACUGACAGUCCGACUGUACUUUUGUAAUGAGAUACUUCCUUCACAAUAUGCUCUGACCCGUCGCAAUACAAGCAGAUAACGAUGGCACAGAUGAAGUUACAGUUUAGUGUGAGACUGAGUGCUCGGACAGUUCUUUCUUUUUAAAAUCGAUAAGUAUUUUGUAUCAAUUUCUACGGUAUUUUUAAAAUGUAUUUACGGUGGAUCAUGCACCUCAUGUACCCUGAAGUCCCACAGCACAGUACCAGCUGGGAGAACGUGAGAGAGAGAAAAGAAUGGCAGAAAACUGAUGGAUAAAAGGGGAGGGAGGAACAGUUCCAAAUGCCAAUCUGUAAGGAUUUCAGAUACAAUGUGGCAAAUGUGCGGGGGUUAAUACAGAUUGGAGACACAGGGGUAAAAUCCUCUGUGCAGUUUAGGUAUAAUUUAUCAGUUGUUGAAGAUAAAAUCAGAUAAACAGGAGUGAUAGUUCUUUUCUCUUUCUCCACCCCCCCCCCCACUCCUCACACGUUUAUUUUGUGACUAUAUUUAGCUCAGGAAUGUUGCCACAGUAGCUCUUACAUUAAUUGUGGGAGGAGAAAUUAAUUUGAUCCCUGUCUGGAAACCAUGUGUCUGUUCCAGCCCUGAGAAAGCAGAGAAGUAUCUCUUAGGAACUUUCACAGAGCACAGCGUGGUAGCAAUUCAUCUUUUUUGAACCUGUCUUCUUUUUCUAAAUAUAAAUGUAUUGUAAACACCAGGCUCAGUUGCUUUGAAAUUUUAUGACCCAUUUGCUGGCACUUAGUUGCCAGCUGUACCGUUUCAAUAUGCCUGUUGCUUUUUUUAACCACGUAUAUGACUGAGAGAUCUAAGAGAUCUUUAUUUAUCUCUAAGCACAAAACCGGAUCUUUUAUAAAAUGCUAAGGCGAUUUCUCUCCCAGUUUGUAUGCAUGUGAUGUGCACUCAGUAAUGUGCUUUGUUCCCAGUAAUGUUCUGAGAAAAGUAGGUAGAUUU